CAUGAACGAUUGAGCUGGGAAGCUGGGUUGAGCUGCACUAUAAGGCAGCACGUACUGACAAUCCAACUAACAAAUCCUUGUUUUGCAUUUGUAAGGAACUCUAAUGGCACCCAAUCGCGUAGCGGUGGGGGCGGAACUACUAAGCGGGUCACUGCUACAAGCAAGUAAAGUACUAGCUAGUGUGAUCCGGCGGUGUAUUAUUUUCCACAAAAUUCAACUUCCAAACAGAAAUUCACGACUGCCAGCGAUAAUACGAGGCGGAGGUAACUUGACUCCAUAUUUGGUCGACAUUUGUCCUUCAGCUGUGUGCUGUUUGACAGCCAGAGUUGGACCAAGAUCGACAGAGAUUGGCAGUUGGAUAUAUCGUUAUUAGCUAUCUAACAGUAGCUAGCUUGUCCAGACACACCAGCUGCCUCAGCGCUGUAUGUGCGGCAAUAACAUGUCAGCCCCUUUACCUGCCAUUGUGCCUGCUGCCCGGAAAGCCACUGCGGCGGUGAGUUAACCUGACAACACGGACGUCUAGCUAGUUAAAGUUAGGCUUAAGCAGCCGUAGGUUCCAGUAACUACCCAGCAGACGACGUGAUAUUUCUGCAUGGCCUUGGUGAUACAGGGCAUGGCUGGGCAGAAGCUUUCGCAGGCAUCAGGAUACCACAUGUGAAAUACAUUUGCCCGCAUGCUCCCACCAUGCCCGUUACGUUGAACAUGAGAAUGUCCAUGCCUUCCUGGUUCGAUAUCUAUGGGUUGAGCCCAGAAGCAGACGAAGAUGAGACUGGUAUUAAAAGAGCGUCAGAGAAUAUUAAAGCCUUGAUAGAUCAAGAAGUGAAGAAUGGAAUACCUUCCCACAGAAUUAUCCUGGGUGGAUUUUCACAGGGUGGAGCACUAUCUCUCUACACGGCUCUGACAAUGCAGCAGAAGCUAGCUGGAGUGGUUGCUCUGAGUUGCUGGCUCCCUCUCCGCAAGUCCUUCCCUCAGGCUUCUGCCAACAGUGCUAACAAGGACAUGCAUGUCCUACAAUGCCACGGGGAUGCUGACCCCCUGGUCCCUUUUAUAUUCGGCAGUCAGACAGCAGAGAAGAUGAAAAGCCUGAUCAAUCCAUCCAACAUCACCUUCAAGUCAUAUCGGGGUCUACCUCACAGCGCCUGUCCAGAGGAAAUGGUGGAUAUCAAACGAUUCAUUGAGAAGCAGCUUCCUCCCAUCAGUGAUUAGUGAACUCGGGAGUAGACGCACAACUGCACAGCACCAUCAGAAUCUUUUGAGACUCUGGGGACUCCAGGAACCACACGGACUUACUUGACAGUAAAACCACGCUGCUACUCACAGAGCCAGACAGGACUGGGGCUCCAUUUUAGCCUGGGAGAGGCAUGAAUGUAACAAUGCUGCAUCCUGACCUGAAGCCACACACAGUCCUCAGUGUUACAGUAGAGUAACAUUAGUUGCUUGAUUGUUAAGCUGUUUGCUGUUGAGACAAGCGAUUUCCUGUAGGAGACAUAUGUGUUGGAAUAACUAGGGCUAUACUUAAUGUUUUAAUGCCUACUAUCUCACAAUAAAUGGCCUGUUGUUAAA